CUGCCUCUUUUCAAACUUUCCUCUCACUCCUCAGGAGCAGGACACUAACAAGAGAAGAGACAGACCUGUAUGUGCAGAGGACAGACAGAGUGAGGUGCGUUUGUGAAGAGGAUGCAGCCGCUGGAGAAACUCACCUCCAUCCUGAUGGAGGUUGACUCGGUGUCUGAAAUCACCGCCGCCCUUCUUCUUCUUCUGCUGCUGCUCUUCACUGUCUGGAGUCGAACACACCGCUCACAUAUACCUGGUCCUUUCUUCUUGGCAGGGCUCGGUCCUCUCCUCUCCUACAGCCGAUUCAUCUGGACUGGGAUAGGAACAGCAAGCAACUACUACAACAGAAAAUAUGGCAGCAUGGUCCGAGUCUGGAUUAAUGGCGAGGAGACCCUCAUUCUGAGCAGGUCCUCAGCAGUGUAUCAUGUUCUGAAGAGCGCCCACUACACGGCCAGGUUUGGGAGCAAGAAAGGGCUGGAGUGUGUCGGGAUGGAGGGGAGGGGGAUCAUCUUCAACAGCGAUGUCCCGCUCUGGAGUAAAGUGAGGACUUAUUUUUCUAAAGCUCUGACAGGCCCCGGCCUCCAGAGGACGGUGGGGGUCUGUGUGAGCUCCACAGCCAAACACCUGGACCGCCUGCAGGAGAUGAGCGACCCCUCCCAACACGUGGACGCUCUCAAUCUGCUGAGAGCCGUCGUGGUGGAAAUCUCCAACAGGCUGUUCCUCAGGGUGCCGCUCAACGAAAAGGACUUGCUGCAGAAAAUCCAAAACUACUUUGAGACCUGGCAAACAGUUCUUAUAAAGCCUGAUAUCUUCUUCAAGAUUGGAUGGCUGUACAACAAGCACAAGACAGCAGCCCAGGAGCUGCAAGAUGUGAUGGAGAGCCUUCUUGAAGAGAAAAGGAAGAUGAUAAAUGAGUCUGAGAAGUUGGAUGAUGAUCGUGACUUUGCAACAGAGCUGAUCUUUGCUCAGAACAUCGGAGAGCUUUCAGCGGAUAACGUCCGGCAGUGCGUGCUGGAGAUGGUGAUUGCUGCACCUGACACUCUUUCCAUCAGCCUCUUCUUCAUGCUGAUGCUUCUGAAACAAAACCCAGACGUGGAGCUGAGGAUAGUGGAGGAGAUGAACACUGUUAUAAGUCAAAAAGAUGAAAACAUUGAUUAUCAAAGCUUGAAAGUGCUGGAUAGUUUCAUUAAUGAGUCUUUGAGGUUUCACCCGGUGGUUGACUUCACGAUGAGAAAAGCUCUGGAAGAUGACAGCAUCGAUGGCAUUCAAAUCCCAAAAGGCACCAACAUCAUUCUCAACAUCGGUCUCAUGCACAAGUCUGAAUUCUUCCCCAAACCAGAGGAGUUCAGCCUGAUGAACUUUGACAAAACAGUUCCCAGUCGCUUCUUCCAACCCUUCGGCUGUGGGCCGCGCUCCUGCGUGGGCAAACACAUCGCCAUGGUGAUGAUGAAGGCCAUCCUGGUGACCUUGUUGUCUCGUUACACCGUGUGUCCUCGCCGCGGCUGCACGCUGGACAGCAUCAGGCAGACCAACAACCUGUCGCAGCAGCCGGUGGAGGACGAGCACGGCCUGGCCAUGCGCUUCAUCCCCCGGACAGCAUGAACCCACACAGGAAGCGGCACCGAGACACAUGCAGGGGUUAGAUUUGAGGAAAACGACUACAAAGUAUGUCAAGUAUGAAACUGAUACAAAAAUAUUCCUUGGCCAAAAUGUAAUAAGUUGUAAAAAUGCCACAAACAUCAGUAACUUCAAAGUUUGUAAUUUUGUUUGGAAGUUACAUCAGGUGUUUGUACUACCUUGCCAUUAUUGACCUUUAGCAAACAAGGUUGGAGGUUUUAGCUGAUAGAGCAGAGAAGGCUUGCUUUUCCAGCCCUUGGGAUACAGUGUAAAAAAAACAUGAUGGACAUGUAUACAUAGUUUGUUGUCUUGAGGUCACAAAAAAACAAUAUAAAAGGCAAAAAAAGAAAACUA